AUAUCGUCCGGUCGCCGCGCAGAGCAGCAUGGCAUAAGAAAUGUGCGGAGGAACCCUUAUAGUCACCGCGGCUAUCUCUGCAGCUCGAAGAUUUCCCACAGAGCCGGCCGGCCCAAAGGAGGCAAGAGGGUACGGACAGUGAACUUUAGGCUAUCUAUAAUGCGGAUAGGUUGCUGAACUAGUUAGCGAUUCAUAAGAAUGAAGAAAGAAAAAGCGCCCCGAAAGACGAAAUAUGCGGACUAGAAAGUGCUUCUGUCCUGUUCAUAUAGUUAUAUCACUAUCGUUACACCACUAUAUGAAAAAAAAAAAAAAAACUAAUGCGCUCGUGUCGUUGACUUCUCGUUCUCGCCUCUUUUUUCGCGCCAGUUUAUUUAUUUAGAAACGUUAACUGCACUGUGAAAGGCGUGGCGAUGAGCGGAAGGAGGGUCACUAUCAUGGCGUGACAAUCGAUCUGUCUAGACAUGGGAACAGGUUCCACCGUUUUAGAAUUGAAACCCACGCCGUUUGCAUAACCACCAUCGGUCAAGGGUGAAUACACCGAUUUCUCGGAAAAGUUCGGUCGGGAGCGUAUAUAUAGAGAAGCACGAGAUUUAGUGAACGGACUUGUACUCUUCGAGAGACGAGGUCCAGUUGUGGAACGAGAUGCUCGUCGUGGCCUCAAGCUUCGUUCUUGCUGUAGCCGUCGCACUGGCUGGUGCGACGGCUCUGCCUCCGACCGAGCGAUACAGUCCCGACUGGGCUUCCUUGGACAGCCGGCCAACGCCGUCGUGGUUCGACGAGGCCAAGGUGGGCGUCAUGGUACACUGGGGCCUCUACUCGGUGCCCAGCUUCGGUGGCGAGUGGUUCUGGCACAAGUGGCGCGAAGGCAAGGAGCCCAAGUACGCCGAGUUCAUGCGGCGAAACUACAAGCCCGGUUUCACGUACCAGGACUUCGCGCCGCAGUUCACGGCCGAACUGUUCGACCCGGACCGCUGGGCCGACAUCUUCGAAAAGUCGGGAGCUCGGUACGUGGUGAUGACGAGCAAACACCACGACGGAUUCGCGCUGUGGCCGUCGAACGCGUCCACCAACUGGAACUCCCAGGACGUCGGGCCUCACCGCGACUUGGUUGGGGAGCUGGCCAACGCCGUGCGGCGCAAACAAGGAAUGCGCUUCGGCGUGUACCACUCCCUGAUGGACUGGUACCACCCGCUCUACAUGGCCGACAAGGAGUCGGGCUUCACGAGCGCCCGCUUUCCUCAAGCCAAGACCAUGAUGGAACUGAAGGAACUUGUGGAGAGGUACCAUCCUGACAUAAUACGCACUGAUGGGGACUUGGAAGCACCGGCAUCGUACUGGAACAGCACCGCCUUCCUUUCUUGGCUCUUCAACCACAGUCCGGUUCGGUCCACUGUGGUGGUCAACGACAACUGGGGCAAGGACGUUCGAUGCAAGCACGGUGACUCGUUCACCACCUGCGGCGGCGAGCAGGGCAUGCUGCAGCACCACAAGUGGGAACACUACGUGCCCGUCGACAAGAGUUCUUUUGGCUACAGGCGCGAAGCCAGCAUGUCAGACUACUUCACAACCCGAGAGCUUAUCGAGAAACUCAUAAGCACCAUCAGUUGCAACGGUAACCUGCUCAUCAACGUCGGCCCGACCAAGGAAGGCACCAUCACGCCUGCCUUCGAAGAGCGGCUGUACGAGCUGGGAAAGUGGCUGUCCGUCAACGGCGAAGCGGUCUACGGAUCGAAGGCAUGGAAGCACCAGAGGGAUGCAGCAGCACAGAAUGUCUGGUACACGACCAAAGGAGACACUGUCUACGCAUUUGUGCUGAGCUGGCCAAAGGACGACGACCUGUACUUGCAGUCGCUUGAACUGUCGUCGGGAAGUAAGAUCACCAUGCUCGGGCUCUCCGGCGAGCUGAAGUGGACGGCUGGUAAUGGCAAAGGCACAAUGGUUCAUCUUCCGAAGCUCACACCAGACAAGCUACCCACUCCGUGGGCCUUGGUGUUGGCGGUACAUGGUGCCGUCUGAUCUUUCACAAGCAUCACAGAUGUGUUGUCUACGGUUCGGGAAACAAUGAGCAAAAUGCAACUCAUCACCUUGAAAUAUCAAUGUUUCUGAUGCCAGCGUCAAAAGCUGGAGAAAUCAUGCUUGUGUCAAAAUAAAACUCUGAAGAAUGAAACACAA